AUCGAUUCCUUGAUCAGAUCUGAUUGAUCUUGUGCGGUUCAUCUUUCUUGUGAUCUGGUGGUGAUCACUCUGAAGCAGCUCCUCAUCAGUAUAAAAAGUUUCCGUUUGCAGAGAGUUAAAAGCUUUUUGAGGCAAGUGGAGGGCAACUGGCAUCGCCUCUUAGCAUCACAGGCUCCCCGCCACGACUGCAGGCACGGUGGGGUGUGAGUGAUUCUCACUUGGUAUCACAGCGCGUCCCUUCAGCAUUGAAGGAUGUUUCUAGGUCCUCCAAAUUAAAAGGAGCUGCACAGCCGCACUAUAGCAUGACUACGAUACUACCAGAGCCCGUGAAGAGUCCACAGGACAAAAGGCUUUACAGACGCAUCCGUCUAGCCAAUGAGUUAGAUGUCCUCCUCAUUGAGGAUCCAGACAUGGAGAGAUCCUCCAUAAAAGAUGACGACGCCAGCAGCAUGGCGUCGAGUGAGGCCGACAGUUCUCAGGAGGAGCAGGACAGUGACAACAGUGAAGAUGAGGAUGGUUCUGGUGAUGAAGCGACGGCCAAGGGUGUCAAAAAGGCAGCUGCAGCCAUGGCGGUUGGGGUGGGCAGUUUCAGUGAUCCAGAUGAUGUUCCGGGCAUGAGUCAUUAUUUGGAACAUAUGCUCUUCAUGGGCUCCGAGCAGUUCCCCGACGAGAACGAUUAUGACGCAUAUCUGCAGAGUCACGGAGGUUCAGCCAAUGCGUUCACAGAGCUGGAGUUCACAAAUUAUCAUUUUGACUGCAAACCAGACGCACUGCACGGCGCUCUUCAGCGAUUUUCGCAAUUCUUUGUAGCGCCACUCUGCAAGGCUGAUGCCCUUGAGCGGGAGGUCAAUGCUGUGGACAAUGAAUUUUCUGGGGUCCAGCAAGAUGACUCGAUGCGGCUGGCGCAGCUGCGCUGCCACACAUCCCAUGAGGGUCACAUUUACAGGAAGUUCACAUGGGGGAACAGGAAGUCUCUGGUGGACUGCCCAGCCGCAAAGGGCAUCGAUGUCCGUUCAGAGCUGGUGCAGUAUUAUAAGGAAAAUUAUAGCGCUGAGCGCAUGUGCUUAGCUGUCCUUGGCGGAGAGCCGCUGGACACACUGCAGCAGUGGGUCUUGGAGCUCUUCUCAGCUGUCCCCUGUGGCCGCGGACCCAGGCCUGAGUUCUCAAAUCUGAUAUCAGCAACUGUGUCGCAGGGCGGCAGGCUACACAUGAUGCCUGCGGUGAGGCAGGGCCACCAGCUAACGGUAACUUUCCAGCUGCCUUCGCUCUUGACAGCCUACAGGGAGAAGGCAGAAGACUACGUGAGCCACCUGGUGGGCCAUGAGGGCAGCGGCAGCCUGCUGAGCGCCCUCAAGGCCGCCGGCCUGGCCAGCAAUCUCAGCGCCGGUGUCAGUGAGAGCGGCUAUGAGCGCAACUCGGCCCUCUUUGUCUUUGAUGUGACUAUCACCCUCACUGAGGCCGGCCUCCGAGCUGCUCCUGGGAACGGCUUGGCGACGGUGGGCUUUCUGUUUGGGUACCUGCAAAUGCUGCGCACGGUGGGGCCCCAACAGUGGGUUUUUGAUGAGCUCGCUGCCAUCGCCAACCUGAAAUUCAGAUUCGCUGAGGAGGAGGACGCCUGCGAGUACGUGGCUCGCAUUGCUGCUGACAUGCCACACUAUGCGCCAGAGCACGCCCUGUGCGGGCCCCACCUCUAUGAUACUUGGGAUCCAUCACUGGUGCGCAAACUUCAAGGGUACAGCUCCCCAAUUUAUUUGAAAUGUACACUAACAGCAUGCAUAAGAACUGGAGUUGUGACUCACCAGUUAUGCCAUGACAGGUUUGAGCUACCAUAUGUCUCCCUGCCCCUACCUGCUGAGCUUGUCAGGUCCUGGGAGGAGCCCUCAGAGGCCAUGAUGCGGGCCCUCUCCCUGCCUCCCCGCAACCACUACAUACCAACAGAUUUCACGCUGCGCUCUGCUGGCAAUGCAGAUGCCAGCAGCAACGGCAUUCAGCCUCUGGCAACUCCGCCACAGCUCAUAGCAGACGCGCCGGGGCUGCAGGUGUGGCACAAACUGGACAGCACAUUUGAGGUGCCCAAGGCGGUUGCAUACAUCAACAUCACGUCCAAGGCGGCCUAUGAGAGCCCUCGGGCUGCGGCAGCCACGCACCUCGCCAUGAAACUGCUGGAGGAUACCCUCUGCGAGACCACCUACCUCGCUGAUGUUGCCGGGCUUGGAUAUGAUGUGUGGCCUGAAGGUCUGUCUGGCAUCGAAAUAAAGGUUGAGGGCUUCAGUCACAAGAUGGCACUGCUCACCUCCACCAUUGUGCAGCAGCUGGUCUCACUGAAGGCUGACCCUCAGUCUUUCGACCGCAUCCGGGAGGUCUUGGCGCGCAAGUACCAGAAUGCCAACAUGAAGCCCGACCGGCAUGCCAGCUACUUGCGGCUGCGCGCUCUCAAGCACCUGUGGCAUGUGGACAACAUUCUUCUGGAGCUCAAACUGCUCACACCAGCAGCUUUCCUGCCGCGGCUGUUCAGGGACACGCACAUCACAGCGCUGCUGCAGGGCAACCUGACAGCGGAUGAUGCGAUGGAGAUCGCCAGCUCUGUGCGCGCCGCAUUCCCUGACGGCAUCAUGCCAGCUGCCGAGCGGCCCCUCGAUCGCGUCGCCAUGCUGCCGCAGGCCAGCAGUCUUCUCCACAGGGCGCCGGUGAAGAACGCGGAGGAGGACUGCUCGGUGGCGGAGGUGUACCUCAUGGCGGGGCCAAACGAGGUGCGGCUGCGCGCGGCGCUGGAUCUGCUGGAGCAGGUGCUGUCCGAGCCCUUCUACGACCAGCUGCGCACCAAGGAGCAGCUGGGCUACAGCGUCCACGCCUCCACCCGCCUCACCCACGGCAUCCUCGGCUUUGCCUUUGUCGUCGUGUCUGCGACUUUUGGGCCGGGGCAUGCAGACGAGCGCAUAGAGGCAUUCCUGAGGGGCUUUGCUGCGCGGCUGGACGCGCUGUCAGUGGACGAGCUGGACUCCAACCGCCAGGCACUCAUCGCGGCCAAGACCCAGAAGGACCACACCCUGGCAGACGAGGCCGACCGCAACUGGGAGCAGAUCUCAAGCAAGAGGUAUGACUUCCUGGCGCGGGAGGAGGAGGUGGCGGCUCUGGAGCAGCUGACUGUUGAGGAGCUGCAGGGAGUAUUCAAGGCAUUGCUGGUGCCUGGAGGGCCGGAAAGGAGGAAGCUGGCAGUGCAUGUUGUAGGGAAGCCGUUUGCCCAGAAACUCACCAGUGCUGCGCCCGAUGGGUGCACCAUGCUGUCUGACCUGGCAAAGUUCUGGGAGGACAGUAGUAAGUAUGCACCUGUUGUGGGCGCCACUCCAAGUGUUGCAACUAUGUAG